GUUUCAAAACGCAGCAAAAGGAGUAGCAGACAAGUCACAACACACGACCUGUUCCUGAUUUCGAGUCUCAGCUCUCGCCCUUUCAUACCUAUACCUACUACCUACCUGCCUACCUACCCUACUUCAAGGGAAAGAAACCAUAACUUCAACAGCGGGCUGUUGGGUACCAUAGAUAUGCAACGCUAGCCUGCCUGUUGUUCGCCUGCUGUAUCAUCUUUUGUUCUCUCCCCGGCUUCUGCAAAGGGCCCGGACGCGCUCAUCAUCCAUACCCUCAUUUACAUCUGUAUAUUCAGUCACUCACAACCACCCCUCACUCGCACGCAUAUCCUCAUUUGUUUCGCUCACGAAUCCUCCAAACCUCGCCCGGCGUCACCAAUUCAGUCGCCCGCGAUGCCACCAAAGCCAACACUUAGGGCGGAUGCCACCCCUGAGGGAUUCACGCCCGAGAGGUUCGAAAAGGAGCUGAAGAGCCUGGCAGCCAAGGCCAAGGGCGAGACUAGGGGUCGAUUUCUCCAGCAGCAGGCCUCAGCCUACCUCAAGUCGGCCAUUCUACUCGCCCUUGCCGCCGUCUACAGCAACGUCUCUCAGUUGGCCCUCUCGCCUGUUUACGGCUCCAUCCCGUCGUCCAUCUACCAUGCUAAGCUCGUCAUGGCUGCCUGCUUCUUUGGUUGGGCCGGCAAUAUGUUCCUGAACCGCUCACUGCCCUUCAACCCGGACAAACUGCUGCCUGUGGUCGCCUUCUGGGUCCCGACUAUUCAGUUCUACCUGUAUCUGACGAGUGGUGUGCUCACGGCGUAUUGGGGUCCCUUGCUCACAGAAAGCGUCACCUUGUUCCUCCUCAUUGUAGUCUCAGUGAGCUGCGUGGCAAAUGAGCUGGAGAAGGCCGACCUCUCGAAACUACCAAAGUUCAUCGCUGAUGCGGGCCCUGGCUUGGGAUCAUGGGGGCUCUUCAAGUUCAUGGAGAAGCUGUCGGGAGAAUACCUCCGGACGUAUGUCGGCAGCUCCUUCUUCCAGACCAGAGUCGGCCUCGAGGCGCUGCUCGCUGCCGCAUACUCCAUCUACGCGCCUUCCAAGCUGCUGCUCCUCGCCAUUCCGGCCGCCUUGCACACGGCUGUGCUGAACACGCAUGCCCUGACUCCCAUGGCGUCCGCUUCGCUCAACAGCACUCUGCAAACUAACAAUUGGACCCUGCUGGACCGCAGGGAGUCUCUUACCGGAUACGUCUCCGUUCUUGAGAGCAAAGAACACGGCUACAGGGUCAUGCGAUGCGACCACUCUCUCCUUGGUGGCGAGUGGGUUAUCCACAAAGGGCCCCGAGUUGCGGAGCCAAUCUACGGCGUGUUCGUCAUGCUGGAGGCUGUCCGGCUUGUCAAGACUGCAAAUGCUGUGCCCGACAAUGAGGCCAAGGCCCUCAACAUUGGUCUCGGCAUCGGCACUACCCCAGCUGCUCUCGUCGCCCACGGCGUCGACACGACGAUUGUUGAGAUUGACCCCGCUGUGCAUGAGUUUGCCUCCAAGUACUUCCAGCUGCCGUCGAACCACACCCCCAUCAUUGCGGAUGCAGUGGGCUACACGCGCAAGCUUGCCGAUGACCCGGAUGCUAGAUUCGACUAUAUUGUCCACGACGUCUUCACCGGAGGCGCCGAGCCCGUUCCCCUCUUCACACUCGAGUUCCUUCAAGGCCUCAACUCGCUCCUUAAGCCCGAUGGCGCCAUUGCCAUUAAUUACGCCGGCGAUUUCCUCCACCCGGCUCCGAAGCUCAUUGUCGACACCAUCAAACAGGUGUUCCCUUCGUGUCGUAUCUUCCGCGAGUCGGAGCACCCCACUAAGGAGAAGAUCGCCGAGGAUGGUCAGGACUUCACCAACAUGGUCAUAUUUUGCAAGAAGACGAGCGGCAGGCUCAAAUUCCGGGCUCCCGUCGAAGAUGAUUUCCUCGCUAGCCGUACUCGCCGCGCCUUCCUGAUGCCCUAUCACGAAGUUUUCGACAAGCACUUCCUGGAAGGCGACUUUGGCAUUCUCACGAAUAACAACACCGAGCAGCUGACCAAGUGGCACGAGAAGAGCGCAUUGGGUCACUGGGAGGUAAUGCGGGUCGUCUUGCCAGACAAGAUUUGGGAGAUGUGGUAAAGUCAUGUGCUUUGCUCUGGGAAGAGGUGCUGUGAAUAUCGAUCGUAUAGAAAGCGACGUCGUUGAGAGGAAAAUGCCUCUGUACAUACUUCAUAAAGGAUUGUAAAUAUACUGUGAUAUCCACAAAU